AAAUGAAAGAUUUCUCCUUAUUUCUUCAUAAAAACAAGGCUCUGGUCAAAAGGAGGUGACAUUUUAAAUAAAGAACUUUGGACACCUAGGUGUGUUCUCUCAUCUCAAAAUAUGUCACCUCCAUCAUCGAAUUCCUUCUUUAAUGAAGAAAUAAGUGAGAAUGCCACAUUUUCUCUAAGUUUCUGAAAUCCUGUUGAAAAGGGGUAUCACUGCUGCUUUUGGGCUUUGAAGCCUAAAUUUCUUGUUUCCACUCACUUCAAAGGAUUCAAAGGUGGGUAUUGUCAGAAAGAUCCAAAUCUCAUCCUCUUGAGACUUGUCUUGAGUUUGUUCUUGCUCUUUUUAAAAUGGAUUGAAUCUUAUCUUUGGUUUGAGAUUAAUUUUUAUUAGAAUACAAAAAUGAGAAUUUAUUUUGACAAUCCAAAAUUAUUAAUUCCAAUUUAUUUGGGAAGUAUUAAACCUUCUAGGGAAGAUAUACAGAGGGUAUUAUUAGCGAGAAUGGUGAAGUCUUUGUUGAAGACCCUUCUUUGAUGAAGUCAUCUUUCCUCUUUCUAAAGGUAGU